AUGGUGCUUGCAAUUCCUCUCACACGCACUCCUCCUGCUCCUGCUGCUGCUGCUGCUGCUGCUGCUGCUGCUGCUGCUGCUGCUGCUGCCACCCCAGCAGCGGGUGCUAGUGCAAAUGGUGCGGGUGCUAGUGCAAAUGGUGCGGGUGCUAGUGCAAAUGGUGCGGGUGCUAGUGCAAAUGGUGCGGGUGCUAGUGAUGCAGGUGCUAGUGCAACAAAUGCUGUCAGUGCAAAUGGUGCAGUUGCAAAUGGUUCUGGUGCGAAUGGUGCAGUAAGAAAUGGUAUCACUGCACCUGCCGCUGCCGGCACGUGGGACAGGUAUGCUGUGAGGGCUUCUGCUGCAGUGCUAUGCGCGCCUGUGCUCGAAAACUGGGGUGGUGGCAGUGCUGGCACUGAUGGCAACGCUGCUGCUGCUCCUGCUCCUGCUGCGGUUGCGGGUACCAGCAACAGUGGUGCAGUGGGCAACGGGACUGCAGGGGAAUGGCAUGGGGUUGAAGCGAACGGGGUCAAUACAGCAAGAUCAACCCAUUAUUCCGAACAACAGCAACACGAGCAGGGCAGUGGGAAUGAGCAGGGGCCAACAGAGGGCGCCAUAUCCGCUCUGCCAAGGCGCAUGGUUUUGCCAAUGGACGUCAGCGGCGGGCCGUCAUCUGUUCUGCUGCUCGUCAUCCCUCCUCGACGUGGCAUGCACAGCCCAUGUUUGAAUGGACUAGCAUCCCAUCAAUCUCAACCACAACCGUACUUACAUUCGCAGCGUCCUCUGGCCAAUGGCGUUGUGCCACGUGUCUCCAAGGCCCCUGUGGUAGCCAAUGGCGUGUCGCCAUCUGUCGACGAACCUGCCUUCUCAGCCAUGUUUGGACAUGGUGCAUCCGAGCCUAGAAUCGUCUUCUGGGGUCAUUUAUCCACCGAUCCUGUUGCCGUAGAACCUGCCUCUGCCGGACCUGCUUCUGCCGAACCUACCCAGUCGAGCCAGUUGCCGAACCACCAAGUCAGUGGAGCGUGGUUCUGGCGGCAACGCUGCAUCAACUUACGUCUGGGCAUGGUUGUGGACCGACCAGCACAUUCAGCGCACAGCUCGUCGCAGCGACCCGCUCUCUUCCUCCAGCCGCUACCACACGCCGACCAGGCUGGGCAGGAGAUAAGCGAGCGCCUGUUUGUGGAUGUGCGGCCGUCCCCCUGCCAGCACUGUCAGCAGCAAGGGGUGUUCCUGCAAGGCAGAGUGCUGCCGCCCCCUCAGCCAUGUGGAGACGGUACUGUGCUCUUCCACUUCUGGUUCGGCCACGGCAGCCAGCGCAAGUCACAGGCCGUGCGUCGCUCCCGCUGCCCCAUCUGCCGCACCGCAUGCGGCACCACCAAGGGUCUCAGGAAUCACCUGGAAGCUUCUCACAGCCGCUUUGACUACACCUUCCAUCUCCAGCAGCCAAUGCCAGUCGUCCACGUCACCUGCAAGCCUCAGCUGGAUCUGGAGCGCCCAGCAGUCAGCCCAUCGGCAUCAAUCCAUCGGCAACAGGCCAAAGGCCUGCCGUUCUUCUGGCAUCGCAACAAGCGAGGAGGCGGCAGAGGAAAACAGCGGCAGCAACAGCAGCGUGUGGAUGGGGAAGAAACGCCUUGCAUCAUACGAGCGAGCGCAGGACAGGGGGAGGAUUACUGCAGGCGUGGCGGUGAUGUUAACGAUAUUGGCAACAAUGCAUGGGGUGAUGAUAACGAUGUUAAUGAUGAUAGGGAUGAUGGUGAUGUUGCCACUGGUGCGUGUGCGGAUGGUGAAACGGAUGGUAGGGCUGCUGCAUUUGAUGCUUGCGCUGCUGUGUCUAGAGGAGCAGCAGCAGCAGCAGCAGCAGCAGGAGCAGGAGUGAAAGGAAAAGAAAGAAUGGAGGGCAGAGAAACAAGAGAAGAAACGACAGUAGUGGCAGACAGAGCAGAGGGGCCUGAAAGAGGAGCAGAGAGGACAGAGGCAGGAGGUGCAAGUGUGUCACUGCAGGGGGGAGCAGAGGCUGGAAAUUCUAAAGGUAACGCUAAGAUGGGUAAGAGCAAGCAAGACGUGCAGCAGGAGGGCCAGAGAGGAACUAGCACUGGUGCACGCCACAGCAAGCAAGGAAUGGAAACGGAGGAGGAGAAGGGGAUGGAGACAGAGGAGAGAGCAGAGGAGGAGGAGAAGGCAGAGGGGAAGGGGAAGAGAAAGGGGAAGGAGAAGGUAGAGGGGAAGGCGGAGGCUUUGGAGGAGAAGAAGAGAGAAGAAAUGACAAUGGAAAUGGCUCAAAGGAUUGCAGCGGAAAUGCGGGCAGAAGCGAAGGCUUCAAGAGACAGAGUGCGUCGAUUUGAGAGGGCUGAAGAGGAGGCAAGAGAGGAGGUCUGCAGGAAAUGGUCCUCAGGUCUCCUUCAGAGAACCUUCUACCACUCGCAGCGAUGGCAGCCAAUCACAGCACAGGAGAUGGUGGAGGAUGCAGACAGCGAGGACGAGUGGGACGAAGCUGCUGCCUCGUAUGCUGACAGAAAGUUGCUGGGCGAGUUUGAGGACGUGUUGGGAGAGGAGAAGGGCAUCAUGCACCGCUGGAUGGCGUUUGUACGCCGCCACAGGGUAAUAGCGGACAGACAUGUGCCGUGGGCAUGCGAGGCCUUCGCCAUCACACACAAGGACUUCCUCUCCUCCUCCCCUUGCACCCGCAUGUGUUUCAUGCUCUAUCUAGUGAAGCUGUGGAACGUCAAUCUGAUUCCUGGCGGCGUUAUUGACAAGUGUCUGCAGAUAGUCGACUCAGCCGGCCAACAUCAGCCCGGGGUGUGA